CUCUAAUCUAAUAUCCUGCUGUUCCGUUAUUUCUAUGCCACCUGCCCCCAGCCACCGCCCGUUUCGAGUGCCUGCUCAUUCAAUACCCUAUGUCUCUUCUCUUCGCUUUGCGAGUGUUAUUUUACCCUUCCUACACUGGACAGCUUUAGCUGCGGAAUACAAUUCUCGACGUGCAAGGCUGAAACCAAGAUCAGAAUCGCAAGGGGCGGCCUCAUUCAAAAGCCGCUGCAAGGCUUCUUCGUCAAGCUUUGCGUUAUAUUUCUCUGGUAGCAGAAAACCUAUAUUCAAAUGGGUAGAUCGCUACAGUAACCCUUCGGGUACGGCUAUUUCAGCACACUACGGCUAUCGGAUCAUGCUUAUCAGUGCUACGACGUUAAACUAAGAGGCUGAGGGUAAGCCUGAAGACACACUUUUGAAACCCACAUGCUGGCUUAAAGUUCGAAUUGUCAGAGGGCAGCUUAUCUCAUUGAGCUCCAGCAACUAUAUAGGGCAGCGGAAGGUAUAAGGCCUGCCUCUCGGUCUACCAUUUUACUCUUGGCCGUCGUAAAUACUUUGUGCCAUCAUGGAAAACAUGUACCCUGAAAUUCGCCAUUCUGGGCUAGG